AAGGCGGAAGGAGGGAGGGAAGGAGCCGGGGGGGGGGGGGAGGGAGAAGGCGGCGGCUAUGGACGACCAGGGCUGCCCGCGGUGCAAGACCACCAAGUACCGCAACCCCUCCCUGAAGCUCAUGGUCAACGUCUGCGGCCACACGCUAUGCGAGAGCUGCGUGGAGCUGCUGUUUGUAAGAGGGGCUGGGAACUGCCACGAGUGCGAUACCCCCCUGCGGAAAAGUAACUUCAGGGUACAGCUCUUUGAGGAUCCUGCUGUUGACAAGGAAGUGGAAAUUCGUAAGAAGGUGCUGAAAAUAUACAAUAAAAGAGAGGAUGACUUUCCCAGUCUAAGUGAAUAUAAUGAUUUCCUGGAAGAAAUAGAAGAAAUUGUAUUUAACUUGACUAACAAUGUGGAUUUGGAGAACACCAAAAAGAAAAUGGAGCUGUACCAGAAGGAUAACAAAGAAGUCAUUCAGAAAAACAAGAUAAAACUGACGCGGGAGCAGGAGGAAUUGGAGGAAGCUUUAGAGGUGGAACGACAAGAAAAUGAACAAAGGCGACUGCUUGUACAGAAGGAAGAACAACUACAACAGAUGAUAAAAAGGAAGAAUAAACAGGCACUCUUGGAUGAACUGGAGAGCUCCAGCCUUCCUGCUUCGCUGCUUUUAGCUCAGCAUAAGGACAGAUCUACUCAGCUAGAAAUGCAACUGGAAAAACCCAAACCUGUCAAACCAGUCACGUUUUCCACUGGCAUCAAAAUGGGUCAGCAUAUUUCGUUAGCUCCCAUGCAAAAGCUAGAGGAAGCUUUGUACGAGUAUCAACCUCUGCAAGUGGAGACAUAUGGACCACAAGUUCCAGAGCUUGAAAUGCUGGGAAGGCUGGGGUAUCUCAACCACGUACGAGCCGCCUCUUCGCAGGAUCUUGCUGGGGGCUACACUUCUUCCCUGGCGUGUCACCGAGCCCUACAGGAUGCUUUCAGUGGUCUCUUCUGGCACCCCAGUUAGCCAGCUUACGCCAGCCUGCGAUGAAGGGACACUAAACGGAGUGGGAAGCAAGUCAAGCCAGCAAAGGUUGGGUAAAAUUGCUGCCAUCUGCACAAUGGCUAAGCUGCAGUCACUUUUCUGUGUAAAACCAGCUGUGUUUAAGUGUUAAAGGGAAAAAAAAAGUCUACAGGAGAGCUUUGUAAAAUGGUAGAUACAUUUUUGCGGAGGGGGAAACUCGUUAGUCAUGUGGCACUUUGCUGAGGGAGGCUGAAGCAAUAAGCCACAUCUAAUGGAAGACGUGAAUAACUCAGCUGUGUAUGUUUGAGGUUUAAAAAAAUACACUUGUAAAUUUUUUUAAAUAAAGCCAGACUUUUUUAUUAAAGUUUGUGGUUUCAUUCUUAUUGCAGGGUUUUAUUUGCACAAGCAUUUAAAUGCCAUUUUGAUUAUAACAUUUAGUGUCAAUAUUCAAGCCUACGUUUUCUUCCCAUAAAACUAGUUUCCCCAGUUCAGGCAAGUGGGUUUUUCCUCCUGCCAGCUGGAUGAGACGAGAAACCCUGGAACUGUGCUGACACAAGUGUUAUGUAGGAUCCAUCUUGAUGUCACUUGGUUGUUACCUUUGACUGGAAAAUGAGCAAAACCUGUAGCUGCAAGUCUUCCAACUGUGUUCCUCUAAAGCAAUCUAAGAUGCCUUUAUAUAAAGCUGGUUCAUUAAAGUAGUCGAAAUUGGUUUAUUUUUUCCCUAUUUAGCUCCAUUUGCAACUUCUCUGUCAAGUGUUUGGGAUCUUCUUUUGGCAGGAGCAUCCCUUUGUCUGGCUUUUGGGAUAAUCCUUCCCACUUGAGCUGCUGCUUUGAUAUACCCCCUCGCCUCACUUAGUGGCAGAACGUAUACUGAUUGCAGCAGAAGCGGGGUUCCUGUCUCGGGAUGUUUUUUCCAUGAAUAUGUAUAAAUUGCAGGAGGCUGGAAACCACUCAGGACAAUGAGCACCUCUAGAGUAAAGCCUGGGCUGUGUUUUAUAGGUCAUCCAUUAAUGGUCGUUGAAUACUGCUCUGAGGAGUGUACUAAAUGAAUGUAUUUUUUGCUAUGUUGUAAUAAAGAGAAGAAUAAGCUCUA